AUGAGGACAGUGCAGCUUUUACUCUUUGGUCUACUGGUGUGUCACACUAUGGAGAGUUUAAAUGAUAAACAUGUGAUUUUAGGAGAAAAUGUGACUUUAGACUGUCAGAUUGAUGUAAAAGACAUUUAUUGGGUUUUCCAGAAACUGACAGAUUCUCCGGUGCUGAUAAUGCGAACUUUCUCAUCAGAUUCUAGAACAGCUCAGUUACAUGACAAAAGACUGAAAGACAAAUAUUCAUCACUAACUUUCAGCCGUUUAUUUAUUAGUAAUGUAACUACUGAAGAAUUAGGAAUAUAUUAUUGUGCAAAAACAGGCACACCUCUACAGCUCAGCAAUGGCACCAGACUUCACACUACUGAAGCUGCUCGAGAUCACAAUCAGACAGAACUGAAAAAUAACCUGCAAUGCCCAAAUACACAGCAAUCUCUGAUAGUUUUGUACUUCAUACCAAACACUGUGAUGUUUUUGGCAAUAAUAGGACUAUUACAACUCAAACUUCAAGCGUGUAAGAAAAGACACCAACAAUGUCAAAAUGAGGAACUGGAGCAGUUUUACAGCACAAACGAUGAAGAGUUUUCUGAAGUGGAGUUUCGUCCAUCUUGCCCGACCAACAUCAUAUUUGUUCCAUAUCAGAAACCCCAAAACAAAACCUAGACAAAUACAAUCAAGAGUAAAUCAAUCAGUCUAACAGAAAUGUAUUCUGCUAAAUAAUCAAGGUAAAAUAUUCUUGGCUUGCUUUUUCAG